GACACAAACAAACAGCAUCAUAAAUCUCAACAUCAACAUAAAUCCCAACAUCAACAUAAAACAUAUCGCGAGCACAUCUCGCCAAGAAACAAAUCUACCCAACUGCCCAAGAUCACUGCAGGUAUCAGGGAUUAAUUGUGAAACUCUCGUCGGCGGGUACGCACCGCACAUUACGGAAUUUUCGCUCACCCAAAAUAUAUCCAUCUACCCUAGCUGGAUUGAGUAAACUGGGCCAAAGCCAACCUGCCAAGGGAUGAAGCCAUUCAGAAGAAGACGCUCACUCUCUUGUGGACCCAAUCCUUCUAAUGAUCUCUGCUCAAGGGUGGGAGAUUGCAUCAGCAACUGGUACAAGUUUGAGACGUUGUCAGCACAAACAGAACUACCGAUGGCAAUCCUGUAAAAACUGCAUAUCAGAAUACAAAUCCCUACAUAUCAGGUUUGCCUAGAGGUGAGAAUUUUCACCACGAGUCUCCGGGAAAUGAUCAGCGGGACCUUCACCUGCAUAUAACCAUCGCAGGAAUUCCGGCCAAAUGGGAGCGUCGACUUUUAUGUUGAAAUCGUUUUAUGGGGGAAAAUUGACUUUUACAUUAAUUGUCGGUCGAAUCCACGUAUAUCAUCAUGUCGGAAGUUGAUCCCUCCAUCAAACUCAUUUUCGGGCCGCCUGCUGUUGGAGUUGAUCUAAAUGAAAGUACAACGGCGGCAUAUGACAUCGUGUCUUGUGUGGUGCUCGGAAUAGCAGCUGCAGCAGUAUGCUUGCGUUUUUAUGUCCGGACUAUGCGUGGAGCAAACAGUUUGGCUAUCGAUGACUGGUUUGUUGUCUUAGGACUUAUCUGUACUUCUGCCCUGGUGGCUACAACACUUAUUGCUGGAGCAUAUGGAUCGGGUAAACAUGUGUGGUCGACGACAUUGCCACGGCUCAUGGUGUUGUUAAAGGUUGUAUUUUCCGAGCCCUGGGUCUACGCUGCAGCCGUAACAUCAACUAAGAUCAGCAUUCUGCUCCUCUACCGGCGAUUGUUUUAUACAGGCGAAGGCGACAUGCUCGUUAUUAACCGCGUCUUCACCAUAAUGUACUGGGCUGCCACGUUCUUUACCUGCAUCUACCCCAUUAUUAUGUGGAUCGUUAUGGCAGCCGCCUGUCGUCCAUUAAAUUUCUUCUGGAUGCAAUACGCUGGCGCGACAGAAGGACAGUGUAUUGAUUAUUUGUUGUUUUUUCUGGUCUUUGGAAUUGUCAACAUGAUCAAUGAUGUUAUCAUCUUGAUCGUCCCGAUUCCUCGGAUUUUAAAGCUCCGUAUGAACAAACGCAAGAAGUUUUCCGUCGCGGGUAUAAUGUUGCUUGGUAGCUUUGUCUGUGUCGCCAGUAUAGUACGCAUCUACUACCUCACACUUCUAACCAGCGCAAUCGAUAUAACAUACAUCCUUGGCCCCGCUUUCGGAUGGUCCAGCUUAGAGCCCUCGGUCGCAAUUAUCGGUGCCUGUCUACCAACAUAUGCGCCUCUCUUCCGCGGUAUUCGCAACGUAGGCUCCAACACCGGGACCAGUCAGAAGGGCUCGCACCAUAUGAAUUUGAGCCAGCCGCAAAAGUUCCUCAAGCAGCAGUCGCAUUUUCGCAUUGAGGAAUCGGAUGAGGUCGAGCUGACGAAUAAGAAAAGCUAUUUCCAGAGCAUGGGGGGAAGUCGUGACGGGGGAAGUUUAGAGAGCGACGACGGGGAGAGGUCAUCAAGAGAUGCGAGGGGGAUCACCGUUACAUCGCAAGUCCAGGUGGUGAGGGAUGCUGCGAAUCUAGUAUGAAUUUUUCAACAGGAAUCGGUCCUCUUUAAGCGAAUUUUUUAAUAUAAUAUGCCAUUCUUCUUCUCAAUGAUUGAUAAUCACAGGUUGUUUCAAUGCUCAAGCUCUGGUCA